AGCAGCGGUGAAGCAGCAGAACUGUAGCCGCAGUAGCAGCGCUCAGGAUCGGCCACACACCGGGCUGACAUGCCGCGGGGAUGAUGGCUGCCUUCGGCAUUCUAAGCUACGAACACAGGCCUCUCAAACGGCCCAGACUCGGUCCUCCGGACGUUUAUCCACAAGACCCAAAACAAAAAGAGGAUGAGUUGACUGCAUUGAACGUCAAGCAGGGAUUUAACAACCAGCCAGCCGUUUCAGGAGACGAACAUGGCAGUGCUAAAAAUGUUAAUUUCAACCCAUCAAAGAUCAGCUCAAACUUCAGCAGCAUCAUCGCUGAGAAGUUACGGUGCAACACGUUUCCAGACACGGGGAAGAGGAAGCCGCAGGUCAAUCAGAAGGAUAACUUCUGGCUCGUCACGGCGAGGUCCCAGAGUUCCAUCAAUAAUUGGUUUACAGACUUGGCAGGGACCAAACCUCUUACUCAGCUUGCUAAGAAGGUCCCCAUCUUCAGCAAGAAAGAGGAAGUUUUCGGCUACCUCGCGAAGUACUCCGUGCCCGUGAUGCGAUCUGCCUGGAUGAUUAAAAUGACGUGUGCGUAUCACGCUGCCAUAACUGAAACCAAGGUGAAGAAAAGGCAUGUCAUUGACCCGUGCAUAGAAUGGACUCAGAUAAUUACCAAAUACCUGUGGGAGCAGCUGCAGAAGGUGGCAGAGUUUUACAGACAGUCUCCAAACCAGAGCUGUGGAUCUCCUCUGCCAGCGCCUCCUGCAGAUGUGGAAACAGCCAGUAAACAGUGGGAGUACAAUGAGAAACUGGCCAUGUUCAUGUUUCAGGAUGGGAUGCUGGACAGACACGAGUUCCUCACCUGGGUGCUGGAGUGCUUUGAGAAGAUCAGACCUGGAGAGGACGAGCUUCUCCGAUUGCUUCUGCCGCUCCUGUUACAGUACUCGGGGGAGUUUGUGCAGUCAGCCUAUUUAUCCCGGCGGCUGGCUUAUUUCUGCACACGCCGGCUCAAUUUGCUUCUGAGCGACGGCAGUCUCGGACCAGGUCCAGGCGGGCACCCAGCCCACGGCAUUUCAGGACAGCAGGGGAAUGCGCUGCCCCCCACCCCGACCUCCCAACCUGCAGGGGGAAACCAGCCCCAGACCCCCUUCACAGAUUUUUACAUAUGCCCUCUGCACAGGCCAGUGGUGUUUGGGCUCAGCUGCAUGCUGCAGAGUAUUGUGUUGUGUUGUCCCAGCGCUCUGGUUUGGCAUUACUCUCUGACGGACAGUCGGAUUAAGACCGGUUCCCCGUUAGAUCUCCUGCCCAUCGCUCCCUCUAACCUGCCUAUGCCUGGGGUCAAUAGCACCUUCAACCAGCAGGUUCGAGCUAAAGUGAGAGAGAUUGAAGAGCAGAUUAAAGAGAGAGGACAGGCCGUGGAGUUCAGAUGGUCAUUCGACAAGUGUCAGGAAACAACAGCUGGUUUUACCAUCAGCCGUGUUCUGCAUACGUUGGAGGUUUUGGAUAACCACAGCUUUGAGAAGUCUGACUUUAGCAAUUCACUGGACUCUCUGUAUAACCGGAUCUUUGGGUCGGGACAGAGCAAGGAUGGACAUGAGAUGAGUCCAGACGACGAUGCGGUGGUCACGCUGCUGUGUGAGUGGGCUGUAUCCUGCAAAAGGUCAGGACCCCAUCGAGCCAUGGUGGUGGCCAAACUCCUGGAGAAGAGACAGACUGAAAUAGAGGCAGAGAGAUGUGGAGAGUCCGAGGUUGUGGAUGAGAAGGGCUCUGUAUCAUCAGGCUCUUUGUCCGCUGCCACUCUGCCUGUGUUUCAGGACGUGCUGCUGCAGUUUCUGGACACACAGGCCCCUGUGCUCACUGAGCCUGGAAACGAGAGCGAGCGGGUGGAAUUCUCAAAUCUCGUGCUGCUCUUCUGCGAGCUCAUCCGUCACGAUGUCUUCUCCCACAACAUCUACAUGUGCACGCUCAUCUCACGCGGCGACCUGUCCUCCGACUCUCAUCUGCCCCGCCCACGAUCCCCCAGCGAAGAGCCUUCCGACGAAUCGGAGCGCAAAGAACAAGAUGCAGGAAGCAGCGUUAAGAUGGAGGAUACUGGUCUGUCAGAGUCAAUGGACAUAGAUCACAACUCCAGUGCUAAUUUCGAUGAGCAGAUGUUCUCCCCUCCAAUGCACUGCGAGUCGAAGGGAAGCCCCUCCCCGGAGAAACCUGCACCAGAGCAGGAGAGCAAAAACACUGCCAAGGAUAAGGGCAUGGACCCUGCCUUCCCCAUGGUUUAUGAGCAACCCCGCCACAUACAGUACGCUACCCACUUCCCCAUACCACAGGAGGAGAGCGCAAGUCACGAGUGUAACCAGCGUCUGGUGGUUCUGUAUGGAGUCGGCAAACAGCGAGACGAGGCCCGACACACCAUCAAGAAGAUCACCAAAGACAUCCUGAAAGUUCUCAACCGCAAGAGUACUGCAGAGACAGGAGGUGAGGAAGGCCAGAAGAGGAAGAGGAGUAAACCAGAAGCUUUCCCCACCGCCGAAGACAUUUUCUCUAAAUUCCAGCACCUCUCACACUUUGAUCAGCACCAGGUCACCUCUCAGGUGUCCAGGAAUGUUCUGGAACAGAUCACCAGCUUUGCCUUAGGGAUGUCCUAUCACCUCCCACUGGUUCAACACAUCCAGUUUAUCUUUGACCUCAUGGAAUACUCUCUCAAUAUAAGUGGCCUAAUUGACUUUGCCAUACAGCUGCUGAAUGAAUUGAGUCUGGUGGAGGCAGAACUCUUGUUGAAAUCUUCUAACCUGGCGGGCAGUUACACUACAGGACUCUGUUUGUGUAUCGUGGCCGUUCUACGGAGAUACCACUCCUGCCUCAUCCUCAACCCUGACCAGACCGCACAAGUCUUUGAUGGGCUGCGGAUUGUCGUGAAGUCUGGCGUGAACCCUGCAGACUGUUCUUCAGCUGAACGCUGUAUCCUGGCCUAUCUGUAUGACCUCUACACCUCCUGCAGUCACCUGAAGAGCAAGUUUGGAGAGAUUUUCAGCGAGUUCUGCUCAAAGGUGAAGAACUCCAUCUACUGGAACAUCGACCCGUCGGACUCAAACAUGUUGUGGGAUCAGGUGUUUAUGAUUGAUGCCAUCGCUAACCCCACUGCACAUAAUCUCAACCACUCUAUGGUGGGAAAGAUCCUCAAUGACAGCCCGGCCAACCGAUACAGCUUUGUUUGUAAUGUGCUUAUGGACGUCUGCGUGGACCACCGCGAUCCUGAGAGGGUGAAUGAUAUCGGUAUCCUGUGUGCGGAGCUGACGGCGUACUGUCGGUCUCUCAGUGCCGAGUGGCUGGGUGUUCUCAAAGCUCUCUGCUGCUCCUCAAACAACGGCAACUGCGGCUUCAACGAUCUGCUCUGCAAUGUUGACGUGAGCGACCUGUCUUUUCACGACUCCCUGGCGACGUUCGUCGCCAUCCUGAUAGCUCGCCAGUGUUUGCUACUGGAAGAUCUGGUGCGCUGCGUGGCCAUCCCCUCCCUCCUGAACGCAGCCUGUAGCGAACAGGAUUCUGAACCUGGAGCCAGAUUGACGUGUAGGAUCCUGCUUCAUCUGUUCAGAACCCCACAGCGUAACCCUUGUCCUCAAGAUGGCACCAAAUCAGAUAAAUCCAGAGUGGGCAUCAGGUCAUCUUGUGAUCGCCACCUGCUGGCCGCCUCUCAGAACAGCAUAGUGGUGGGAGCAGUUUUUGCAGUUUUGAAAGCUGUUUUCAUGCUGGGAGAUGCUGAGCUGAAGGGUUCAGGGUUCUCCCACCCUGCCGGCCUGGACGACAUCGGAGAGGAUGACAUGGGCUCCAAAAAAUCUGGAGGCCGUAAUGUGUCUAUUGAAACAGCCAGUCUAGUUGUUUAUGCCAAGUAUGUGCUGAAGAGCAUCUGUCAACAGGAGUGGGUUGGUGAGCGUUGUCUGAAGUCUCUGUCGGAGGACAGCAGUGCUCUACAGGAUCCAGUGCUGGUUGACAUACAGGCCCAGCGGCUCCUGCAGCUCAUCUGUUACCCACACAGACAGCUGGACAGUGAAGAGGGCGAGAAUCCUCAGAGACAGCGGAUCAAACGCAUCUUACAGAACAUGGAUCAGUGGACCAUGAGACAGUCCUCUCUUGAGCUCCAACUCAUGAUCAAGCAAGUCACAAAUAAUGAUCAUUAUCUGAACACACCUCAAGCACAUUCUCUACUGGAGAACAUCGCCAAGGCCACCAUUGAGGUUUUCCAAAAGUCUGCCGAGAUGAACUCCAGCAACCCCACAUGGAAUGGCUCUGCGGUUUCGGGGAGCUCCGUCUCCAAUAGCAACAGUUCCAGUAAACUCAAACCUGUGCUCAGUUCGUCCGAGCGUUCAGGUGUGUGGUUAGUGGCUCCUCUGAUAGCUAAGCUGCACACGUCGGUACAGGGUCACGUGCUGAAGGCUGCAGGCGAGGAGCUGGAGAAGGGUCAGCAUCUCGGACCGUCCUCACGUAAAGAGAGAGAUCGGCAGAAACAGAAAAGUAUGUCUCUCCUGAGUCAGCAGCCCUUUUUAUCUCUGGUGCUGACAUGUCUCAAAGGACAGGAUGAGCAGAGAGAAGGUCUUCUUACAUCCCUCUACAGUCAAGUACAGCAGAUUGUGACGAACUGGCGUGAGGAUCAGUACCAGGACGACUGCAAGGCCAAGCAGAUGAUGCACGAGGCCUUGAAGCUCCGACUCAAUCUGGUGGGCGGGAUGUUCGAUACGGUGCAGCGCAGCACGCAGCAGACGACAGAGUGGGCGGUGCUUCUGCUUGACAUCAUCAGCAGCGGCACAGUGGACAUGCAGUCUAACAAUGAGCUCUUCACGACAGUUUUAGACAUGCUGAGCGUGUUGAUCAACGGCACUCUGGCAGCCGACAUGUCCAGCAUCUCUCAGGGCAGCAUGGAGGAGAAUAAGAGGGCUUAUAUGAAUCUGGUCAAGAAGCUCAGGAAGGAACUUGGCGACCGUCAGUCUGAGAGCUUGGAGAAAGUGCGACAGCUGCUGCCUCUACCCAAGCAGACGCGCGAUGUCAUCACGUGUGAGCCCCAGGGCUCGCUCAUAGACACCAAGGGCAACAAAAUUGCUGGAUUUGAAAAAGAGGGUCUUCAGGUGUCAACGAAGCAGAAGAUUUCUCCAUGGGAUGUGUUUGAAGGGCUGAAGCACUCUGCUCCGCUCUCCUGGGGCUGGUUCGGAACCGUGCGGGUCGACCGUAAAGUCACAAAGUUUGAGGAGCAACAGCGGCUUCUGUUAUACCACACCCACCUUAAGCCCAAACCACGCAGUUACUAUCUGGAGCCCCUCCCCUUGCCCCCGGAGGAGGAGGAGCCUCCCACACCCAUGGCACCUGAACCGGACAAGAAGGUGGAUACGGGGAAGCCAGAAAAGAGCGUUUCCAGUGUGGCACCCGACCCCAAUAAGAAGAAAAAGAAAAAGAAACCAGCAUCGUCGAAUAAGCAAGAGGACUACAAGCCUCAUAAUCCAGCAGUGAUGCAGUACCCGCCGGGCAUGGGCACUGAUUUUAUGAACAUGGGCCAGGUUACUUACAGGAUGGGAUACCCGGGUUCAAUGACCAUGUAUCCCCAGAACCAACCUCUACCACCAGGUGGCCCCGGUUUGGAGCCCCCCAUCCGUCCCAGGGGUCCCAUGGGUCAUAUGAGCAAAAUCAUGCAGACACGUCCCAAUUACCCAAAUAUGAUGACCAAUAUGCCUGGUACAAUGGGCGGCAUGAUGGCGAUGGAGAAGCCAUACCAGGUACCAGGCUAUAAACCCCCACCUAGCAUGCCACAGGGCCAGAUUCUGCGUCACCAUCUACAGGUCAGACUGAAUCAAAAUCAUUUACAGCAGAUGAGACCGGUGGCACCUAAUCAGCAGUACGGCUCCAUGCAGCCGGCACAGGGCUACACGUCUUACGGGCCACACAUAGGAAUGCAGCCGCACCCCUCUCAGACAGCCGCAAUGGGUCCUAACUCAUACGGUAACCUGGGCUUCCAGGGAGCUCAUCCCGGUACCAACACAGGCAUGGUGGACCCCCUCAGGCAGAUGCAGCAGAGACCCAGCGGCUACGUCCUUCAGCAGGCUCCCGCAGCAUACGCACAAUCAAUGCAAAACUCACAAAGGUUUUCCCAUCAGUCAAUGCAGCCGGCAACUAUGAUGCACAACAUGGCUCAAGGUCACAUGCACCCCAACAUGAGACCCAAUCAAAUGAUGGAACAACAGCAGCAGCAGCAGCAACAACAACAACAACAACAACAACAACAACAAGCCCAGCAGCAACAACAGCAGAUUAUAAGACAGCAUUCCACUCUCAGACAGGUGCAACAGCAGCAGCAGGUUCAGCAACAGGUGCAACAGCAGCAGCAGGUUCAGCAGCAGGUGCAACAGCAGCAGCAGGUUCAGCAACAGGUGCAACAGCAGCAGCAGGUCCAACAGCAGCAGCACCAGCAGGUUCAGCAGCAAGUUCAACAGCAACAGGUGCCAACAGCCCAGCCACCCAAUCAGGCCCUGGGCAUGCAGCCUCUGCCCCCACAGCAGCCCAUGUUUCCUCGACAAGGCAUGCAGCAGACGCAGCAACAGCAGCAGACGGCAGCUCUGGUCCGACAGCUCCAGCAGCAGCUCUCAAACACUCAACCUGGACAGAACACCAACCCAUAUUACUGAGUAUGUGAAAGCGUUUCAUAGGUGGUGAAGAAAAUGUAGAUGAUAUAAGGAGGACCGUUUGAGACGUGACGAACCGCACUGGGUUGUCUCUGAAGUAGAAUGUUUUUCAGACACCCAUAGAAGGUUUUGUUGAUCGAAGCGGUGGAAGAGCUUAUGUAAAAAGAAGUACAGGAAAUUAUAAGAAUAUUGCAACCUUUUAUUUUAUUUCGAUUUGUACAAUUUUUCAGUUUCGUGUAUUUCUCAUUAAAAAAAAUCAUGUCAA